AGGUUAUGCAUACAUUACAGACUGGAGGCUGAAAGGAAUAGUGCGGAUUAGGAAAUACGAUGGAGGGGAGAUGACAAUUAUUCGCAGUGGAAUCAAUAAUAUUGCACAUGUGAAAUCAUUUGAUGCGGGUAUCCAAAUAGGUUCAAAUCAAUGCAAUAGACCAACUAAUCCAAAUGCAGAUUGCAGUCAUUUUUGUUUCCCAGCCCCUAACUAUCAGCGGGUUUGCGGCUGUCCUUAUGGGAUGAAGUUAAGUUCUGGACAGGCCAUCUGUGUGGAGGAUCCAUCAAAUGAACCCCCAACAUUGCAGUGUGGACAGUAUUCAUUUGCCUGUGCCAAUGGCAAAUGUGUGCCAGGUUAUUAUCGCUGUGAUGGGUCUGACGAUUGUCAUGACAAUAGUGAUGAGCAAGGCUGCGGAUCACCAAAUAUCACAUGUUCCUCCAGAGCCUUUACAUGCCGUAAUGGGCGAUGCAUUCCUCAGAACUGGCGCUGUGAUAAACACAAUGACUGUCUUGAUGGCAGUGAUGAGCAGAACUGUCCCACCCAGGGUCCCCAAUCUUGUCCAAGCAGCUACUUCACCUGCAGUAAUAACCAUUGCAUUCCUCGUAUUUGGCUCUGUGAUACAGAUAAUGACUGCGGAGAUGGAUCUGAUGAGGUGAACUGCAAUAUUACCAGCACCUGUGAGCCUGGGCAAUUCCAGUGUCCAGAUCAUCGCUGCAUUGCCCCAUCUUACACCUGUGAUGGAGACAAAGACUGUGUGGAUGGUUCUGAUGAGCAAGGUUGCAUUUACAACUGCACGUCUUCCCAGUUUGCAUGUGCAAGGGGUAACCAGUGCAUUAAUAGCUACUACCAAUGUGAUGGCGUCUUUGACUGUAAUGACCACUCUGAUGAAGCCAACUGU